AUGGGUUGGGUUGUAUUCACCACUCGAAGAAAACAAAAUCUCUCAAUAUUUUUCUGGUACUUGAAUAUGUUUAUUCUGUUGUUGUUGCUUCUUGUUUUUACUGGGUUGGAGACAACAGGAACAACAUUCUCGGUUGGAGUAUGCUAUGGAAGAGUGGCAAACAACUUACCUCCUGCUGAGGAAGUAAUUGAUCUCUACAAAACAAAUAGAAUUGAAAGGAUGAGAAUAUAUGAUCCUGAUCAACCAACUUUGGAAGCUCUAAGAGGUUCUAACAUAGAACUUGUGAUUGGGGUCCGUAAUGAAGAUAUUCAAUCAAUUGCUAAUAGUGUUUCAUUAGCUACUAAUUGGGUCCAAAACAAUGUACUAAAAUACUCCCAAGAUGUCAAAUUUAGGUACAUUGUUGUUGGGAAUGAAAUAGAUCCUAAUAAUGAUCAAGCAUCAAAUUUUGUUGUACUUGCAAUGCAAAAUAUUUAUACAUCACUUGCAUCGGCUAAGUUACAAAAUCAAAUAAAGAUUUCAACUGCUAUACAAAUGAACUUGUCGGGAAGUUCUUAUCCUCCAUCAACAGGAGCAUUUAGUGAUUCAUCGAUUUCGUUUAUAACUCCAAUAGUUAAUUUUCUUGUGGAGAAUGAGGCGCCACUUCUUGUGAAUAUGUACACUUAUUUCAGCUACAUAAGAGACCCGAAUAACGUUGAUCUUUCGUUUGCUUUGUUUAAUUCGCAAACGGAUAGGGCAAUUGAUGGAAAAUAUGAGUAUCGAAAUCUCUUUGAUGCAUCAUUAGGAGCAAUUUAUGCAGCUCUUGAGAAAGUUGGUGGUGCUAAUUUGGAAGUAGUUGUUUCGGAAAGUGGAUGGCCUUCUGAUGGUGGUGUUGCUGCGACGGUUGAAAAUGCACAAAUUUACUAUGAGAAUUUGUUUAACCAUGUUUCUAGUGGGACUCCUAAUAGGCCUAAUCAAGCAUUGGAAACUUAUUUAUUUGCUAUGUUCGAUGAAAAUCAAAAAGGACCUGCUGAAACAGAAAGACAUUUUGGUUUGUUUACGCCUAAUAAACAACUCAAGUAUCAAAUUACUCAAAUGCAUGGGUCAUCUAAUUCUACAAGUUCAAGUUCCUCUUCCCAAUCGGGUCCAGGUUCCUCUUCUCAAUCGGGACAAGGAGGCAUAACUUACUUCACAUCGUCAUCUUCUUCUUCUCGUCAAUCGGGAGGAAUGGGUUGGGUUGUAUUCACCACUCGAAGAAAACAAAAUCUCUCAAUAUUUUUCUGGUACUUGAAUAUGUUUAUUCUGUUGUUGUCGCUUCUUGUUUUUACUGGGUUGGAGAAAACAUGA